CCUGUGUAAACCAUCGCGGUGACGACAGCGGCGAUGAAGUGAGCGCGAAGUUUUUGGUCCAGUCUGUGCACGUGCAUGGCGGCAGCUUGGACCGCGAAGGCGCAGCCCAGCUCGACGGCCGCGGCCUCCAGCAGAGUCCCGCCGAGGGGGUCGAAACACCGGAACCCGAACCUCUGGUGCCGGACGUGGACCUCGGAGAGACCGAGCGACCAAACGGCGGCGGCGAAAAGCUGCGCGGCGACCGCAGCGGCGAACUGGCAGGCGACGAGGACGGCGGCCGCUCCGACGCCGCUGGUCCCGCGGCAAACGGACUCCAGAGCCCCGCUGGGAUUGCACGUGGCCCCGCGGAAAGUUGUCAGGUGAACGACCGUCACAACGUAGGUGAGGGUGAGGCCGACCGGCGGCCCCAGCUGGGCCGUCUCACCCAGCAGCUUGAGCUCGUGCGUGCAGCUGCAGAGCUGGAAGGUGGACGCGGCUUCCAGCAGGUAGAUCCAGUAAACUCCCGGGAAAAGACACGCGGCGGCCGUCCGGCGGACCGCCUCGCUGAGCAGCACCGCGGCUCCCAACACCGCCAAAGAGACGUACAGGUGAGUUGAGCUCAGGAUGUAAAGGUGUGUCUCGGUGUGUGUGAUCCGAUGGCCUCCACGCUGUCUCAGCUGCGCGGUCUUCGUGCUAAGCUGCUGCGGCGCUACGACCACCGGCCGCUGGUCUCGUGUCUGUCCGGUCUGUACGGCUGCCGGUGGAGACGCCACGAGAGGAGAUGCACGCGGCCGGGAGACUGCUGCUGCAACAAGCUGGAAGGUGUCAGCGUCACUCUGCUUGUGGUGACUUUCUGCUUAACGCUGGUGUUUCUAUACUUCUGGGGACAAGCGAAGAACGACUACAAUGACUUUGACUGGUUUAACUUUGGGAACCUGGGCUUCUGGUUUCCUUGGUCAGUGGUGCUGCUGGUCAUCGCUGCAGUCUUCUUCACCUACGUGACCGUACUCAUGCUGCUGGCUGUGUGUUUGCUGUCAGAGGGCCAGAAGCUUUACUUACACUGGAGUCACAAGAUUGGGAUCCUGGUGAGUCUGACUUUCUCCAUCGUGGCCACCGCCGUCUUAUCUGACCUGUGGAGUAAAGAGUGGACGACUUUACUACUUUCCUUCCAGGUAACUGCACCUUACCUACAUGUGGGCGGAGUCUUACUGAUGACGGCGCUGGCUUGGCCGAUAGCGUUGCAUUUCUUUCGCAUGAGCAGCAGAGUGAGGCGGGGCCUGAUCCUGGGGGUGUACCUGUCCAUCCUGUCGGCCCUCUACCUGGUGCCCCUCGGUUUAUAUUCUCCUUGUAUCAAAGAGGACGGGACCCUGGGCCCGGCACCGGCCCUCAUCGGCCACAGAGGAGCUCCCAUGCUGGCUCCAGAAAACACAGUGAUGUCGUUUGAGAAGGCCGUGGAGGCCGGAAGUGAAGGUCUGGAGACGGACGUCACCAUCAGUGUCGACGGGGUCCCGUUCCUGAUGCAUGACCACACGCUGAGACGGACCACCAACAUCCGCCAGGUUUUCCCCAAUCGGACGGACACGCCGGCGGCCAUGUUCACGUGGGCCGAGCUGGAGGGCCUGAACGCCGGGGCCUGGUUCCUCUCCCACAAUCCGUUCGGUACAGCUGGCUCUCUGGGAGCAGACGACCGACUGCAGGCAGCAGAGCAGACGGUCUGCAGCCUGCAGGCCUUCCUCCAGCUGGCAGCUCGGACAGACAAAUGGGUGAUCUUUGAUCUCUACCGUCCGCCCAGAGGCCACCCGUACAGGGACACCUGGAUCCAACGCACGCUGGACGUCGUCCAGAACGAGUCCUCCAUUCACUCCUCGCAGGUGCUGUGGCUGCCCUCAGACCUGCGUGCUCUGGUCCAGGACAUCGAUCCUGAGCUCCAGCAGACGUCGGGCAGUCGGCUCCCUCUAGAGGACCUCCAGAGCAACCACAUCGUCACGCUCAACCUGCACUACAGCUCCAUGUCCACUGAGCUCACCAGUGAGUACGCUGCAGCGAACAUCACCACCAACCUGUAUGUGAUCAGCCAGCCGUGGCUCUUCUCUCUGGCCUGGUGUGCUGGAGUCCAGUCGGUCACCACCAACGCUCCCCAGCUCCUCAGCAGCAUGAGCUCGCCUCUCUUCCUCAUGAGUCCAGACGAGUACAACCUGAUGUGGAUUCUCACUGACCUGGUGUCCCUCGUGCUCAUCUUCAUCAUCUUCAUCUUUCACUGGUGGCGAGAGAGACGACUGGCUUUCUGCUCGAGCAGCAAAAUCACGCUGGACAACGGCACUUACAGCAAGUUCAGAACAGACCUCCACCUCCCUGUCAGCUCUUCUGGAUUCCCAAUCUCCUGCCUGCCUGUUCACUCUCUCAGCCGUCAAACACAGCUCCCCGUUCUCAUCUGUUCAUCCACGAGAUCAGCUCAGGAACAGUCUCCCUCCGUCUUGCCCGUCUGUCAUUAUCUCAAUUCUGGAAACCAAGUUUUGCAAUAAAGCUUUUAAUCCGA